UAGUUGCAUCUGAUUAAGUGAGACUUUGCACGGCUUCCGUAGACUCUGAUCGGAGUGCUGAUUAUGUAGAUUAUCCAGGAUCAGAGCAAGUUUCAGCAGCUGUCAAGAUGUGUUCUCUUGUUAUGAUCGCAGCUCGUUUUCUGGGUUCCCGUAUAAACGUAUUCUUUUAAAUCACGCUUGAUAGAUAAAUCUGGCACCGUCUCGGUGAUGAAAACGAGCAAAGACAAUUCUAUAACUUCGGCAUCUAAAGCUGCUGCAAUGCCCAAGACUGCAGGAUCGUUGAUGGGAACUUUCUACUCUCUGAAGGAGAAUAAAGGCAACAUAGGAGGGACCUUUGAAGAUAUUUUGGAAGAACGGCGAAAUUCCAGCGAUUUUCGAUAUGCCACUAAAAGUUUUACGCCAAUGAUUUACAAAGAUCUUACUCCGUGCAGGCCAAGUGUUCUGAAAUCCAUUGUUAUUGAUUCUGAUCAGAUGCAAUAUGUAAUGAAACAGAUCAGCCUGGAGACUGGUGAACCCUUUGAUAUUAUUCAGGAACAAGCUUGUGAGAUCUUGGAUGAAAUGGGUCACAAUCUGAAAUUAGGUGCAAUUCGAAUAUUUGCUCUGGGUUUAUGCAAGAUCUUCAAAAGGCUUUAUGGGAAAGUAUUUUGCAAUGUGGAAGGUAUUCAGAAGCUGGCAAAAGCUGUUCAAGAAUAUCCUGUUGUCUUGUUGCCCAGCCAUCGAAGCUACAUUGACUUUUUGUUGAUAUCGUACAUUAUGUUCACCUAUGACCUAGCAAUUCCCGUGAUUGCUGCAGGAGAAGAUCUCAGCCGCAUGACACUUAUUGGACGUCUCCUUCGCUCAUCUGGUGCCUUUUUUAUAAGACGUACAUUUCAGGGGAACAAACUUUAUUGGGCAGUGUUUUCAGAAUACGUGAAGACUAUGCUACGGACUGGCUUUGCUCCUUUGGAGUUUUUCAUUGAAGGUCAAAGAAGCAGGACAGGCAAGGCUAUACAUCCAAGGCUGGGGCUUUUGAAUGUUGUUAUGGAGCCAUUCUUAAAAGGAGAAGUAUUUGAUACUUACCUCGUUCCCGUCAGCAUCAGCUAUGAAAGAUUAUUAGAGGAAGAAUUCUAUGCGCAAGAACUUUUAGGAGCUCAAAAACCCAAAGAAUCCACAUCAGGUUUGAUGAAAGCCAGGAAGCUUCUAAGUGAGAAUUUUGGAAAUAUCCACAUUCACUUCGGACAGCCAUUGUCUUUACAGUCACUAGCUUCUGGGAGAAUAAAUCGCUCUGAAUAUAAUCUUACCCCAAGGCAUCUAUCACAUCGACCAUCGGAGGGUAUUCAAAAGUUUAUAACAGAAAUAGCCUAUAAAAUAGAGCUUCACCAAAUAGCCAACAUGGUCAUCAGCCCUGGAGCCUUGAUAGCAGCCAUUUUGUUGCAGAAUUUACCGGCUUUGAACUUCAAAAUGCUGAUUGAAAAAACACUGUGGCUGAAGGAUUUAACAGAAGCCUUUGGAGGAAAUUUAGAAUGGCCUGGUAACAUACCUUUUGAUGAAGUGGUUCGGUCCAGUCUACACCUACAUUCAAACUUUAUGAGCCUUAUGGGUGACCAGGUAGUUUUGCUUGAACAUAGUAAUCAUGACAUGGCCGAAGACUUGGUGAACAGACGAGCAGCCACAUAUCUGAUAGGCGCCUCCUACAGAAACCAGCUGGUUAAUGUUUACAUACGGCCUGCUCUGGUUGUAUUGGCUUGUAAAUUGGCACAAACGUUCAAGAAAGAUGAUGUUUACAAAUCAUUUACAUUUCUGAGAAGAGUUCUUUUUAGAGAGUUCAUAUUUUUCCCAGGAUAUGAAGAACAGGACUUUGAAGAAGGCUGUUCCUUGCUUGGCAAAUAUGAUGCUAUUCACAUAACAUCAGAUGAAAUGAUCUCAGCCGAUACCCAUGUCACUUGCUUUUUAUUCAGAAUGCUGCAUCCUGUUCUUGAAGGCUACCAGUUAGCUUGCACCUACCUUACACAGGAUAUGUUUGAGAAUUUUACAGAAAAACAAUAUAUAUCUGGUAUGAGAAGUUUUGUCUUCCAAAGUAUUGCAACAGGAGCCAGCAGUUGUUAUGAAACCUUGUCUUCUGAUAUGUUAAAGAACUCACUGGCAUCUUUAGUGAAUCUAGGUGUUGUGGAGGCCAGUAAAUCGUCAAGUGGAACAACAUUUAUUGCACAUAGAAAGACAGCAAAGGAUAUGGUGACACUACUUGAACCACAUGAAGGAAAAUUCCCAGCAGCCAGACUCUAAGGAUCUUAACCAAAUUUCACAUUCCAUCUCCAGUGGUGGCCGCUUGACAAAAAUAAAAUUUAUUGAAACUCAGAAGCCAGCUCUCAGCAUGCAGUCCAUGGAAGAGCUACAAUAACCAUGUCAUUCAACAGAUACCACUGUGAAAUACUACAUUAAGCAUUCAUCUGUUGAAACAUGUACAGCAUAAAACUCAGUCAAGACUGCAGCCACUAAAUUGAAACUCAGUAAAUGUUUUUACUAUAGACCA